UAUCUGUGUGUGUGUGUAAAAGUAAGCGCACUGAUGGCUGUCCCUCUAUUUCAGACUAGCUCUCCUUCUCAGUAAGCAACAGUGGGACUGUGUGCCUUGCAUUUGGCCUCAAAGUUUUCAGAAUUUCACAUAAACAACUUAAUUUGUGCAUUUUGUAAGUCUUCAAAAGAAGCCAACGCAAGGGACAGAAUUUCUACACAAGCAGAAUCAUCAAGCACUGGGAACAUGGCUGCAGCUCCAAGCUGGCUCUUUGGGAAAGCACGUUGUCUUGUUUUCUAAGAAAGGAAGUCCCUUGUCAUGCAUACCACCACCAUCUGAAUCCUACCCAGAGGCUUCUACUGCUUUUUGGUCCACAGUGUCACUGUUUGCAUUUCAUCACUCCCUGCUACCACUGCAUCCAACCAGCACAUCUGGCAGUCUUGUGUGCGUGUGCGUGCGUGCGCGUGCGUGUGUGUGUGCGUGCGUGUGUGCGUGCGUGUGUCCACACCGCUACCACCCAGUCCACCACCAUGGCUCUGUCUUCACGCUUAAAACUCUGGGAGCAAAAGAUCAAGGAGGAGAAGAAGCCUGGAGCAACCACACAGCCUCCCCCUCCCCUCUCUAUGGUACCAGGAGGGUUCCUCAAGCAGCUUGUGAGAGAGACAGAGAAGGAGACGCGUCUGAAGGAGCCGGAGCUCAAGGAGGAGAAGGCGCCAAGUAAACUCAGUGACAACCUGGUUCAGCACUUCCUCCUCCCAGACCAGACCCCACCCAUCCUAGAGGCCGAGAUGGCCCUUCGAUCCGAACAGCUGGUGAACGGGGAGCAGGGCCGCCACUCAGCCCUGUCAGAGAAGAAAACCUCCCCCCUGAGGAGGACACUGGCUCCUGACUCCUCAGCCAGUCCUCUGGAGGUUAACCUGCAGGAACCUGAGCCGGUCCCAGGUGCAGAGAGUGGCCCCGACCUAACUGGGUCUGCAGAGGCGUCAGCGGAGAAAGGGAAGCCAAAAGAGCAACCGACGGCACCGCCGGAAGUGAAAGCAGUUAAGCAAGAGAAGGUCAAAGAAGUGAGACAAGACCCAGAGGGCCAGCAGGCAGAGAAUACUGCAGAACAGCAGCCCAGGAAACCCAUGAAGGAUGUAUGGUAUGAAGCUGGAACUGUCUGGUACACUCAUAAAAAUGGCUUUGUCCUUGCCACCCAGCUGAAGCCAGAUGACGGCACCCCUGAGCUUCCGGACGGCAAGGUGAGGGUCCGCCUCCAAUCGGAUGGUUCCGUCCAUGACGUCUCCCAGUACGAGAUAGAGAAGGUAAACCCACCUGAGCUGGACCUGUGUGAGGACCUGACUGAUUUAGCGAGCGUGAAUGAGUCGAGUGUCCUGCACACCCUCAUCAGCCGUGCCAAAGCCCACAUGACCCUCACUCAAGCUGGGCCCAACCUGCUCACACUCUGGCCCCCUUUAGCACCACCUGGCAAGGGCCUGCGCUCUCGUCGCUGGGAUGUCUGGGAAGCACCUGCCCCCUUGCAGGGGCUGGUGCGGAGGGUCUACAUGUCUGUGGUGGGACAGCGGCGGGAUCAGUGUGUGGUGGCCGUGGGCCGCAGUGGCACGGGGAAGACCACGUCCUGCCAGGCCUUCGCCCGCGAGCUCCUCAAACAAGCUGGCACAGCAGGGGGGAGCCUCAGUUUGGAGCGGCUCCAGGCUGUGUUCACUGUGUUGCGUUCUUUCGGCUGUGUGAGUUCUCCACACAGUGAUGCCUCCUCCCGUUUUGCCAUGGUGCUUUCUCUGGACUUCAACCACAAAGGCCUUGCUGCCGCUGGACAACUUCAGACUGUGAUGUUGGAGAGAUGGCGUGUGAGCCGCAGACCGGCUGGAGAGAGCAGCUUCUUGAUCUUCUCCCAGAUGUUAGCAGGUCUCAGUUUGGAGAUGAGGACGGAGCUCCAGCUGCACCAGCUUCCCGAGAACAACUUGUUUGGCAUCACAUGCCCCACCAAGGUAGAUGAGAAGCAGAGAGCGACAGUUGACUUUGGAAGGCUUGUGGCUGCCAUGAACACACUUGGCAUCUCGGCUGAGGAGCAGCGAGCCAUUUGGCAUGUUCUGGCCGGAAUAUACCACCUGGGCAUAGCAGGGGUGUGCAAAGUGGGAAGGAAACAGUUCAUGAGUUUUGACAGUGCACAGGUUGCCAGCACUGUUUUGGGCUGUGAGGGAGAUGACCUCCAUACUGCAGUCUUCAAACAUCACCUCAGGCAGUUACUGCAGAGGGCCACAGGGGGCAGUAGAGAGCGAACUUUUGCGGAUGAAAAAGAGGAAGGACCUAAACUCAGUGCAGCUCAGUGUGUGGAUGGUAUGGCAUGUGGUCUCUAUGAGGAGUUGUUUACUGCCAUUGUGUCUCUUAUUAACAGAGCCCUGCGCUCUGAGCAGCUGAUACUGGGCUCCGUGAUGGUGGUGGACGCCCCGGGCCUGCGUGUCCCCCGUCAUGGCGGCGAAGAGCGGGCCGCUGGCUUCCCUGAACUCUGCCACAACUACCUCCAGGAGCGGCUGCUAGAGCACUGCUUCACACACACCUUCAGCACGACGCUGGACAGAUAUGCACAGGAGCGUGUGGGGGUGGAGUUCGAGACGCCAGAGCGGAGCCCGAGAGAGGUGGUGUGCGCUAUAGACCAGCCAGGCCUCCAGCUGCGAGGACCAGAAAGUGAUUGUCGUGGUCUCCUCUGGGUUCUGGAUGAAGAGAUGGUCACUCCAGGUUCUACAGAGACUGUAGUUCUUGAGAGGAUAUGUCAGUAUUUCGGGGACACAGUACGUCAGUGUGAACAGUCUCUUCAGUGUGAGAUUGCUCAUCUAAUGGGGUCUGAUCCGGUCCGCUAUGACCUGUCCGGCUGGUUUGGUCUGGUGCAAAACAACCCUUCUGCCCUCAACGCCAUCUCCAUACUGCAGAACUCCUCCAAUGUUGCUGUGAAGGCUCUGUUUUCCCCCCGGGCCUCUGUGCCCACCCUGUGUCGGGCUCUGGGCGGCAUGGAGGGGGGCUCCCAGCGUUCCCUGGAGCGCAGCAGCACGGUGAGGAAGACGUUCAGCGGGGGCAUGGCAGCUGUACGGAGACACUCACACUGCAUCACUGUCAAGCUGCAAGCGGAUGCUCUGGUGAACCUCAUUCGACGUGCUCAGCCUGUCUUCCUGCAGUGUCUCACUGCUAAGACAGAUGGUGGCAGCUUUGAUGUUCCAGCACUGCGCAUCCAGCUGCACUCAACUCACCUGCUACCUGCUCUGCAGCUGUACCGCAUAGGCUACCCGGAGCACAUGUCUCUGAGUGAUUUCCGCUGCCGUUUCCAGGCCUUGAGUCCUCCUGUGAUGAAACGUUAUGGCUCAGUCUUCAUCACGCCAAAUGAGAGAAAGGCUGUGGAGGAGUUAUUGAGUGAGCUGGACCUAGACAAGAAGAGCAUUGUUUUAGGUGCAGGCAGGGUGUUUAUGAAGCGUGGUGUAUUGACCUCGUUGGCCAGGCAGAGGGACGCUCUGGUCAGUGGUUGGCUGGGUCACCUGCAGGCUGCUUGUCUGGGGCACCUCGCCCGUCAGAGGUACCGGCGCCUGAAGGUGCAGCAGAUGGCGGUGAGCUGCAUCCAGAGAAAUGUACGAGUUCUCACCACAGUGGCCACAUGGAGCUGGUGGAAGCUACUGUGUAAAGUUCGCCCCCUACUGGAUGUCAAUAUAGUUGACUGCAGGCUCCGGGCCAAAGAGGAGGAAAUCAGUUCUCUUAGAAGGCGACUGGAGAAGUCUGAGAAGGAGCGAAAUGAACUGAGGCAGACUGCAGACUCCCUGGAGACUAAGGUAACGGCCGUGGUGUCUGAGCUGAGUGAUGAGCGGUUUCGGGGGGAGUGUGUGGGUCAGGCCUUAGACACUGAAAUAGCAGAGCGACGGCGCCUCGCCAAGGAAACCAAAGAUCUCCAGACUCGUUUAGAUCAGACUAAUUCUGCUCUGGAUGUCCUUGAGAAGCAGUUAGAGGAAGAGAAGCAGAAAACCAGGAGUAAAGAGGCUCUGUGUGGCGUGACCACAGAGAGUGAGCUGCAGCUGCAGCUGGAGUGUGCACAGACAGAAGUAGAUUUUGUGCGCAGACGUUUGCGUCAGACUGAGGAGAGGCUGGAAGCUGAGGCUCAGGCACGACAGCUUCUGGACGCCAAGGUACUGGAGCUGCAGGCUCAAUUGGAGCAGUCCAAGCGCUUGGUGACAGAGCUAAAGAGGCAGUGCCGGCGCGCGACCUCUGACCUACAGGACGCCCGCGUGCUGACUGACAGCCUACAGACUCGCACACACGAGCUGGACAGGAAGCAGAGGAGGUUUGACGGCGAGCUCACCCGUGCUCUAGAGGAGGUGGAUAAUGAGAGGGAGCAGAAGCACAAGGUGAUCCAGGAGAUCACGGCUCUAGGGGCCGACGUCUUCUCCCUGCGCCGCUCAUUCCAGGAGAGCCAGGCCGAGGUCACCCACCUGCAGCAGCAGAAGGAGGAGCUGUGCUGUCAGAUCCGUGACCUGAGUGUCCCUCUGCAUCUCAACUCCGACUCCGUGCCGGAGCUGAAGAGACAGCUGCGCGAGCUAGACAGCAGGGACAGGGAGCGCAGCCUGGAGACAGCACAGAUGAGCGCCAAGAUGCAGCAGCAGGAACAGAUGCAUUUGCGCUUUGAGAUGGAACUGGAGAGAAUGAAGCAGAUCCAUCAGAAGGAGCUAGAGGACAAGGAUGAAGAGCUAGAAGACGUGCAGAAGUCCUCGCAGAGACGGCUCAGGCAGUUGGAGAUGCAGCUGGAACAAGAGUAUGAGGAAAAGCAGAUGGUAGUACAUGAGAAGCAUGACUUAGAAGGGUUGAUCGCUACCCUCUGUGAACAGGUGGGCCACCGAGACUUUGAUGUAGAGAAGCGACUUCGUCGUGACCUGAAGCGGACGCAUGCACUGCUCAGCGAUGCCCAGCUGCUACUGACCACCAUGGACAAGUCCAGCCGGAGCCCAGCCCCCGGCACCAAGGAACAGCUAGAGAGACUUCACUGCCAGCUGGAGGAGAGUGAGGCUCGGCGUCUGGAUGCUGAGAGCAUGCAGAAGACCCUGGCGAUGGAGCUGGAGAACGCUCAACUGGAGCUCGAGAGCAUCUGCAAGCACAAGAGCCUGGCGGACGAACAGCUGAGCCACCUGCAGCAUGAGAAGGCCGAGCUGCUGAAGCGACUGGAUGAGGACCAAGACGACCUCAACGAGCUCAUGCACAAGCACAAGGCCCUCAUUGCCCAGUCCUCCAGUGAUAUCACACAGAUUCGGGAACUGCAGGCAGAACUGGAAGAAGUGGAGAAGGAGAAACAACGUCUGCAGGAGCAGUUGCAGAUGAGCGUUGCGAGGGUCCAGUUCCUAGAGUCCUCCACAGUGGCACGAAGCAUUGUCAGCAAACAGGAGGCAUAUGUCUGUGACCUGGAGAACAAACUGGAGUUUCACAGAGGACAGGUCAAGAGGUUUGAGGUGCUUGUGCUACGUCUGAGGGACAGUGUGGUGAGGCUGGGGGAGGAGCUUGAGCAGUCUGCCCAGGCUGAAGCCAGAGAGAAAGAGAUCGCUCUCUACUACCAGCAGAGGCUGGCCGACAUGAAGCUGGAGAUGGAAGAUCUGAGCUCCCGAGAGCAGGACAGCAGCCGCCGUCGCAUGGAGCUGGAAAUGCAAGUGGAGGAGCUUAGUGCAGUGAGACAGACUCUACAAGCAGAUCUGGAGACAUCAAUCCGUCGUAUUGCUGAUCUACAGGCUGCCCUGGAGGAGGUGGAGUCAAGUGAUGAAAGUGAAACUGAGAGUGUACAGACUGCUGUGGAGUCCUUCUCUAGAAAGAGAGAUCUUGAAAGCUCAUGGAAGGAGAGCAACCCCUGCACCUCACGUCCCCUCCGAGCCGCCGGCUGUCUGGGGCCAGCGGCAGUGGAGCAGCCAAGUGGGAACGCCAGCUCUCUCCACACCAGCAGUGUCGGAACACAGCCUGUCUGCCAGAGCAGGGACAGCGUGUCCAGCGUGGGGUCCAGCAUCAGCACGGAGGAUGUGGGGGAGGGCAUUCGUCAUUGGCUGGGGGUCCCACGUGGGGGUCGCAAGCAUGCAGGCUCUCCCUACAGUGGGAGUACUACUGGCCGCCAGUCAGUCACAGACACAAUGAGCACCUGCAGCUUCAGGUCUUGUUCCCAAGAACUGGAGGAGAAGGCGCCAGAGAGCUCUGGAAGUCUGGGCCGGGCGUCCUCCUCCACGGCCCUGUCUGAGCUGCUGGAGGGCUUGAGGAAGAAGCGGUCUGGCUGGGACAGGGCCUCGGAGGUGCUGGAGGGCAGCACAGCAUCCCUGCCCAUCUACCAAACCACCGGGGUGUCGGCCCUGCGCCGCCGAGCCUCAGCUCUCUCAGUGGGAACUGACGAGGGUCUAGAGGAGCCGGGGCGCUCGGGCAUCUCGAAGCCACCCAGUCCGAUCCUGCCCCGGGCAACCAGCCUGCAUUCGUUGUCCGAAUCUAUACAGCCUGUGCCAACGCCGGCAUCCAGUGCAGGGAAGAUGAACCACUACAGCUCCUGUGACUCCAUCACCACGGCAGUGUCCUCCACAGGCCCCCGCCGCCAUCUUUCCAACCUCUCCAUCCCAGAGGAAGACGAGGGCGAUCCGUGCUCCAGAACCUCGUCCAGCUUGGGUUCUUUUCAGCCAGCCCGCCGCCGACUGCCAGGGGGCCUGGUGGCUGAGGGCGAGGAUGCCCAGCUGGGGGCGGAGCCUCUCGUCUUCCAGAACCGCCGCUUCCUCAGCGUCACGGACACAGCUGCUGGCGACACCAGCUCAGAUGUCCCGGCCAUCCGCAGGGCCCAGUCCACCAGCAGCCUGGCGGGCAACAGCACCCGGGGUGGCCAGCGUCGUGCCCUUAGCGUGCACUUCGGAGAACUGCCCCCAUCCAGGAUGGCACGCAGGGAUUCAGACUCAGACUCGUCUGGCUCCGGAAGUUCCCAGCAGCGGCGUGGUUUGCAGGGAGAGAGGCUGGAAGCCGAGGGCAGCGAAGGAGACGUCAACAUGGUGAUGAAGAAAUACCUGAGGAAAACUGAUGUUGAUUAAACACACGAAACGAGGGUAUCAUGACCAGGAAGCAUGGCCCCUACCCACAAUGCACUGAAGCACACUGCUAAAUAUGGAGAUCUAGUUUGAAUGGUGUUUGUACACGAAUAAAAAUAUUUGAAUCUAAGAGAA